ACGAUCAUGAUCCCAUAUUUCCAGAAUUCCAAGAAAUCCCAACUCCAGCGCCUCACAGCCUCCAUGUGAAAAAAAAGAAAACUGGAAUCUGUUUCAAAAUCAUAUAUCGAUAUCAUCCUCCGUUUUCUUCUUAUUCUUCUUCUUCUUAUUAUUUUUUGCAUGAACCCUCCAAGCUCUGAAGCAGAUUAAGUUUGUUUCUUUUUCCUACCUUUUUCUUUUCCCUUCGGCUUUUCUCACCAGCUGUUUAUGGACUACUUAAAAGAAUUGGAAGGCAAGCGAGUCCAUGAUCAUCUUGAUGAGAAGACGGCCAAACCAAGGUGUAUAUGGGUGCCAGGGCCAGUCAUAGUUGGGGCUGGCCCUUCAGGUUUAGCUGUGGCAGCUUGUCUUAAGCAAAGAGGUGUUCCCAGCUUAAUCAUCGAGAGAGCUGAUUGCCUAGCUUCCUUAUGGCAGCAUAAGACAUAUGAUCGUCUCCGCCUUCAUCUUCCAAAGCAAUUCUGUGAGCUUCCACUCAUGCCAUUCCCCAAGAAUUUCCCCACCUAUCCAACUAAACAACAGUUUGUGUCCUAUUUGAAGGCCUACGCAGACCGUUUUAACAUAACACCUGUGUUCAACAAAACAGUGGUGAGCGCAGAGUUCGAACAACUUGGCUCAUUUUGGAGGGUUAGGACCACAGGCUUGAAAAGUGAAGAAGCAGAGUACGCGUGCAAAUGGCUGAUAGUUGCAACAGGAGAGAAUGCCGAGAAUAUUAUACCGCAAAUUGAGGGUAUGAAUGAAUUCGGUGGGCCUAUUUUGCACACAAGCGCGUACAAGAGCGAUAUGUUUAGUGGAAAUAGUGUUUUGGUGGUUGGAUGUGGGAACUCAGGCAUGGAGGUCUGCUUGGAUCUCUGCAACUUCAGUGCUCGACCUUCCCUUGUUGUUAGAGAUUCGGUGCAUGUUUUGCCCCAAGAGAUGCUGGGAAGAUCAACUUUCGGAUUGUCCAUGUGGUUGCUCAGGUGGCUCCCCAUGCGCCUUGUGGAUCAAUUCUUACUUCUGAUGUCACACUUGAUGCUAGGGGACACAGCUCAAGUUGGACUAAAUCGCCCAAAGCCUGGCCCUCUUGAGCUCAAGAACAAGUCUGGCAAGACACCCGUCUUGGAUGUUGGAACACUUGCUAAGAUCAAAACUGGACAAAUCAAGGUAUUCAAAGCAAUAAAGCGAUUCAGGCACCAUGCUGUGGAGUUUGUUGAUGGGAAAGUAGAAAAUUUCGAUGCUAUCAUUCUAGCCACGGGUUACAAAAGUAAUGUACCAUCUUGGUUAAAGGAGAGUGAUAUGUUUUCCGAGAAAGAUGGGUUACCUCGGGAAUCAUUCCCGAAUGGAUGGAAAGGCGGAUGUGGGCUGUACGCUGUGGGCUUUACCAAACGUGGCCUGCUAGGCACGUCUUUCGAUGCCAGGAAAAUUGCAGAAGAUAUAGAGCUCCGCUGGAAAGCUGAGGCCACCCAUCUUACGUCUUUCCCUCGCGCAACACCACCACCACCACGAUUAUGAACUGAUCGAGAAGGAGAGAGACAAUCAGGGUAUGGACUUAAGUCCAUGGAACCCUGAACAAGAUGGUUUGUUCCAAGAAAGGUCCCCCAUUCGUUUAGAGGGAAAGUAAGGCCAGAAAAGCAAAAGUACUAGGAUAUGAUCAGUUCUCAGCUUCCAUUUGCACUAGACCGACCUUGGGAAGAAGAGUGAGAAGUUGGGAGAUGAGGUGGUGAGGGACAAUUUCAUCAUUUCUAUAAACUAUGUUAGAUGCAUGGUAAGUGGGAUAGAAAAAAAUAGUUUGAGGAACUGAAAAUCUGCAAAUAUUGUGAACAGAUCAGCUGCAUGCAAAGAGUUUUGGUCAUGUAUUUUUACCAUUAAAUGUUUAGUGUUGGUGGUAGUGGUGAUCUUGGAAUAUAAAUUAUACUAUUUCAUUGCUAUUUGUAAUCAGUGUAUAGUACAAAUUAAUAUGAUGUUUCCAUCAAUUUGAACUUUGUGCUAA